UGCUCUGGAGAGACGAUCACUAAACCGCCCAUCCCACACCAGGCUGAUUAUACUGGGGCAGGGGGAUGCCUCAAGCUGCCCUUCCCUUCCCUUCAUUUAGUCCCACCGCUGUGAGCAGCCAAAGUGGUCGCCUUGCUUCAGCCACCAGGUCAGUGCUGUUUCAGAUCCUACACUUUCCCCUUCACGUUUUAAUUCGUGCAACAUGUAGACGAUUAAAAAAAAAUCCCCUCUGAUGUUUUGUUCCCGUUCGAACACGAUUAGUUAUUGAGCUGUUUUGCUUCCCUAGAAUCAAGAAUGCUUCUCUUGCUGGUCGUGUUGUCGUUGUGGCCCAUCGUGUGCCCUGUUUCCACUCAGCGGCCAACUUGCGCUUACUACCUGAGCAGGCGUCAGAGUGGUGUGUUUCAUUAUGAUCGGCAGAAUCGUUAUUCUUUGACUUUUCCUGCUGCCAAACUGGCUUGUGAACAAAGCUUUGGAGCUGUGAUGGCAACUAGGGAUCAACUUCAUACCGCUUGCCUUUCUGGUCUAGAGGAGUGCAGGGCAGGCUGGCUGUUGUCAGGAGAAGUAGGUUAUCCGAGGAUUCACAGAAGCUGGAACUGUGGCCUAUACAAAGUAGGCAUAAUAUCAUAUGGUGUCAAAAAAAACCUGCAGGAAAAAUGGGAUGUGUAUUGUUAUAAACCUGAUGAUGACUGCUCUAAUUAUAAUAAAUUGCUACAACUGGAAGACAAUAUUUUAAACAGCAAAUCAGUGAACAUGUCACUGAUCAGAACAUUAGCUUCCUCAAGGAAGAAUGUUUCCAAGAAACAAGAAAUGCCUAAACCAAAACAGAUCAGGACACAGAAAGAUAUAAAUGUUCAGUUUUCCAAUAUAGCAAAACCAUUGUAUCUGAGUGAGCACAGUACACAUCUAUAUAGCACGGAAACAUCAACCUCUGUCCUAUCUGUAAAAUCGUCAACUGCUUUUCACAUCAACAGUCUGGAAGCAGAGAGCAGUAAGGAACCAUUGCACAUUGAGAACUCUGAUAAAUGUUCAAAUUGUAAGCAUUCAUUAGAGACUGAAGAAAAAGGCAAAGUUACUGCAGCUUUGGAUACAAGUGGGACUAAAAAUGAAAACCAAACUGAAGUGAUAAGAAAUUCAUCGACAUCUUCUGCUGCAGAGUUGUUACACAUUUGGAAUGUGCCUGUGGAUGGAUUUACAACCUCUACAAUCAAUAAUGAUGCAGGAGAUGAAGACAUUAGACCUUCUCAAGGUUCUUUUAAUCAGCAAAAACAUGUUGGGGUUGCUAUCCCAACUGCUGGCCUUGAAUCUGCUAAAACCAACUCUGUGACUUCACAAACUGUGCAACCAAAUAUGCAUUUAGUGACUUUAAAAUCUACAUCUCAAAUAUCACCAGUUAUAAGAUUUAUUACAGAAAGCAGUAAUACAUUACUAAGAUCUGGGACAAAUACAUUUGGCACAGAGUUACCUUCAUCCUCUGUGGGGGCUGUAACACCUGGACUGUCCUUGGAGGAUGUGAGUAAUGACAAAAUGGGUCAACAUCAUCAAACUGUCUUGAAACUAAUAGCGAAUUAUCUGAAUGGGUUAAGACGGUUCCCUUCAUCUGAUUCAAAUGCUACAGAAUGGAAAAGUGAGCGUGCUGAUGUAAUUAAUAGCACACACUCAGAGUUGAACAUGGAGAAGCCUUUUAUAGAAAAGAAGAAAGGGAAAAAACUCAAAUUUGCUUUUCAAGGAGAAGUCGCCCAAUUAGACUCUGUAAACACAAAUGGGGUAACGGAAGUGGAAGAAGCUCAAGCACUCAGUACAGAUCUUCAAAUUUUUCAAAGUGUAACAUCAAUAAAAUACAAUACAGCAUUGCCAGAAAUAACAAAUGCAGGAAAUGCUUUUCAUCUUAAGACAGCUAGGAUUGAUAAUAUCCGGUAUCCAAACGAAACAAAUCCAAAGAAUCAAGGAAUAGAUCAACUUGGUUUCAUCAGGAAAGAUAAUAAAUCUCUUUCAGAAACAGGACACAAUUAUGGGGCAGUAAUGAACCAUUUACAAAUAACUGAGGCAAGUCUUCCACAAACUGCAGUCACCAAUAUACGACUGACUACAUCUGGUCCAGAUGAAGUCACUUUUCCAGUAACGUUCACGUCAGAGACAUAUGUACAGCAGGAUGUGACCUCAGAUGAAAAUUCUAUCAACAUAGCGACCAGUAAGAAUUACUUGCACAUGAUCAGAAAUGACAGCGAUAUUCACCUUCUAACAAAUGCAGAUCCAACUCCAAUGCAGUCGGUUAAAACUAAUCCCAAUAUCUCGGAGCCAUCUUUCAUAAUUAGUGAAAACAGCACGGUGCUACUAAAUUCUUCUGAAGACUCUGUUGAAGUGGAGACAGAAGGAGUUCCAACACCAACAGAGCAGUCUGGCUCAUAUUUUGUGACACAUUUCAUGGUGGAGGGUUUUGCCUCAUUGGAUGUAACCAAUGUUGCCAAUGUCACAGAUGACAGCACUGAAUCUCCAUUGCCAGCUACAUCAUUUAUGAGCCCUGCUUCUGUACAAAUACCUGCCACCGAUGAACCAUUUUUGCAGCUCCAUCAGAUGAGCACUUUGAGCUUUUCAGCUGUCACCAAAGAAAUAACACCAAAAGGAGAUACUCUACUUCCAUUCACUUCCUCGUUUAUGUCCUCAGAUUCAUGCGGUGGUGUGAUGAGACAAACUGAGGGAAGAUUUCAGACACCACACUAUCCACAAUCCUACCCAAGUGACAUGGACUGCACCUGGGAGAUUGAAGCUCCUCGAGGAUAUCUCGUCCGUUUGGAUUUUAUUUCUUUGUUUAUCGAAGAGCACAGAACGUGCAAGUACGACUAUGUGGUUGUUUACGACGGCAAAGGACCCAGCAAAGUGGAAAUGGGCAGAUUCUGUGGAUCUAAAGUGCCACCACAGCUCCAGGGAUCAUCCACCGUAAUGAGCAUCACCAUGCGGUCUGACUCCUCCAUGGAACUAGAGGGAUUUUCAGCACGGUUCAGCACUUUCCAAAUCCCUACAGGUAAAUGUCAAUCCAGUGGAGGUUAUAUUCGUCUGGUUGGAGGAAAGACUAUUUAUGACGGCGUAAUAGAAAUUGAGUCUGAUGGGCAAUGGGGCGGAAUAUGUGCUAAGCAGUGGACCCAUAGAGAUGCCACUGUAGUGUGCCGCCAACUAGGCUUCACUGGACCCGCUUUAUCUACAAGGGUUGAUGGAAGUGGGCUUGAGAGUCAACAGGCAAUCUCUUACAUUAAAUGUAGGGGAAGUGAGGUGACAGUGCAGGACUGUGACGUUAAAAGGAAUGGUACCUGUGCAAUGGGACAACGUGCUGCAGUCAUCUGCCUGGUUAUGGAGUCCUGUGCAGCCUUAAAGAGUGCCGGCGUUCAGGAGUCUGGGACGUUCACCAUAGAUCCCGAUGGCUUGGACACUGGAGUUGAUCCUUUCCCUGUGGAAUGUGACAUGACGUCUGACUCUACAACGGGUAUCACAGUGAUAGGUCAUGAUUCGGAGGGGCGAAAGCGUGUGACUCCCUGUGAAGAGGCUGGGUGCUAUUCCCAAAUCAUUAGUUACAAUCAGGCAUCACUUGAUCAACUUGAGGCAUUGACGGAGAUCUCAAAAUCCUGUGAACAAUAUAUCAGCUUGGAGUGUCGCCAUAUCCGCUUCCUCGGGGAACACUGGGGUUGGUGGGUGUCGAAGGAUGGACGUAAAAUAAACUCUUGGGGUGGAGCUUCAACUAACAGUGGAAAAUGUGCAUGUGGAAACAAUGGCACCUGUGCUCUUGGUCUUUCCACCUGCAAUUGUGAUGCAAAUGACAUUGUUUGGAGGCAAGACGAAGGACAUCUGAGGGACAAAACCGUUCUUCCUGUGCAGGAAGUGAGGUUUGGAGACACACAAGAUUUACCAAUUGAGAUGGCAUUUCACAGGAUUGGUCCACUUCGUUGUCUUGGGCAGAGUUCCCUUGUGCCGGUGCUGGAGUCGUGUGCGGCCUUGAAGGAGGCAGGAUUCCAAGCGUCGGGUCACUAUGUCAUUGAUCCAGAUGGAGUUGGAACAGGAGUUCAAGAGUUUCAAGUCUUCUGUGACAUGACAUCUCAUCCAUCAAGUGCUCUAACCGUGGUGGGCCAUGACAGUGAAGGACGCAUACGAGUUGCCCCCUGUGAGGGACCGGGCUGUUACAGCAGGAAGAUCAAAUAUGCUGCAGAACUGAUCCAGUUGAAUGCCCUGACGCUUAUUUCGGACUCCUGUGAACAAUAUGUCAAGUUGGACUGUCGCCACAUUCGCUUCAUACAAGCCGGCUGGGGCUGGUGGACAUCGUGGGAUGGGAAGAAAAUGUUCAACUGGGGAGGUGCAACCUCCAAUAGUGGACGCUGUGCUUGUGGAAUUACAGAAUCUUGUUCUGCUCCAGGCUUACUCUGCAAUUGUGACAGCAAUGACCAUGUCUGGAGAGUGGAUGAUGGGAUCCUGCGAGAUAAAUUAUCAUUGCCCAUCCAAGCGGUAUACUUUGGUGAUACUGAGGAUGCACCAUUGGAGAUGGCCUUUCAUACCAUAGGAAGACUCCAGUGCAAAGGAAAAGAAGGGACACAGAAGAAUCAUCAGUCAUUAUGAUGGUUUUCGCAAUUGUGAAAAAAAAAAAAUCAUAUCUUUUAUUUGUCACCAUGAGAGAAAUGCUUUAAGCUGGACUGGACUUACUCAGAUAAGAUUUAGCUGCCAUUUUACUGACAUCUUUUAAACAGAAAAUGGCCAUUCAGUGCAACAGGUCUGUGACAAUCUUUACCCUCCAAGCUUGCUGUCCUGACCUUUCAUCAUCCUUUAUUGAAAUAUCUUUCUAUCCCUUUCUUCUUCCUGUACUUUUCCAUCUCCUUUUUAUUGAUUUGUGUAGAGAGACCAGCAGUUAACAUCUUUUUUUCAGAAUAUUUUGUUCCUUUGGUCCAAGCUUAAAGAAGUGAUCAGAAUAUCUAUUGUCUCUCCCCGCAUUACCUUUAAAAUGUACCCAAUGAUUUGUAUUGGUUCUAUAAAUUCUUCCCAAAACGUAUCACUUCAUAAAUUGCUGCUUUAAAUGUAAUCUAAUUUCUCCAGUCUCUCUUAUUAGGUCUGAAACUGAUGUCUCAAAUUAAAAUAAGAGGUGGGAAG